CUCCUCCCAUCCGACGGACCCAACUCAAUGCCUCCUUUCUCUUUAGUCUUUUCUAAAUUUCCAUGAAUUCCAAGCUCUCAAAUCUGUGUCUCUUCAACACCAUAAACAACACCUUAAGCUGCGGCUUAGCCUUUUAAUACCCUCAACUCUCCCUCUACCUCUACGUCGCUUCACGGAGCAAAUGUUCAUGACCCUGCUCUUCGAUCGCCUGCUAAGAUAAAACAAGGGAAUCGGAGUACUAGUCUUCUACUGCAACUGCAAGUUCUCAUUGAUUAUUAUUACUAUCAUCAUAUCACCAUGGCAGACUCAGACAAUGAUUCUGGAGGACCCCAUAACCCAUCAAGCACCUCCAACGCUAACGAACUUUCUUCCCCAAGAGAACAAGACCGUUUCUUGCCCAUAGCCAACGUUAGCAGGAUCAUGAAAAAGGCACUCCCUGCAAACGCUAAAAUCUCCAAAGAUGCUAAAGAGACCGUUCAGGAAUGCGUCUCUGAAUUCAUAAGCUUCAUUACAGGUGAAGCUUCCGAUAAGUGUCAGAGAGAGAAGAGGAAGACCAUCAACGGCGAUGAUCUCCUCUGGGCUAUGACCACUUUGGGCUUUGAAGACUACGUCGAGCCUUUGAAGGUUUACUUGCAGAGGUUUAGAGAAAUGGAAGGGGAGAAGACUGCAGUUGCGCGUGAUAAGGACGCUCCCGGUAAUGGCGGUGGGUUUGCUGUCGAGGGUUAUGCUGUUGGGUAUCAGAGCCACGUGUACGGGACCGUUGGUGGGUUUUAUAAUCAGGUAGGUGGAGUUGGUUUAGGGAAAGGUACUGGGCCGAGCUAUAGUGGUCCAGGUACUACUUUGGGUAGGCCCAAUUAGCUUAAAUUGAUGGACCUGGAGGUGAUAAAUGAUUGGCCUAGUUAAUGCUGAUGAAUGAUGACAUCAUUGGGGUUUCAUCUGCGUGUUGCUUGAUGCUUGUUCUUGAUGAGAAUGAUUGACGGUGGAUGGUGAUGAUAUUAUAGUUUUGCCAUGUUUAAUUUUGUUGGAGUGGAAUGCCUUAAUGCAUUAUGUGACUAUGGGGUUUGUAACUAUAUUAAUGUUUAGAGAGGUUAAUUAAUUCUUUUUUCUGUAAUUUCAGCAUAAUUAUAAUUUGUACAAGUUCAAUUAUUUGAUUGGCUAUAUUAUUUUAUAUUA